AUGCUUGUGAGCGCCGCGCUCCUGCUCGGCACGGGAGGCGGCGAGCCGCUGCUCCCGUCGGGGUUCCGGCUCGCAGUGUGGCCGCCGCUACCUCCGCCUCCUCCUCCUCCGCCGCCAUCACCCGAGCCGCCGCCUCCCUCGCCGCACCCGCCGCCGCCCGAGGUGCAGAUCGACGACGACGUUCGCGAGGCGGUGUCUGCCAUGUCCAUCGAGCAGAAGGUAGGCCAGAUGACCCAGAUCGACAUCUCCCAGGUGGUAUCGUACACCGGAAACUGCAAAGGCGGCUUCCUCUGGGCGGACCGGCGAAGCUGCCAGCCCGAGCUCGACCGGCAGAAGCUGCGCACCUGGCUGUCGCAGUUCGGGCUCGGCUCGCUCCUCAACUCGCCGUACGCCUCUGGCUGCGUCGGCUCCGUCUGCGGCUGGACCGCGGCGCAGUUCCGCGCGUUUGUGCGUGAGGCCAAAGACACGCUCGCCGCCGCCGUGCCGUGGCUCUUCUCUCCCGAGCUCGGCCUCGCCACCAACCCGCUCUGGCCGCGCGUCUACGAGACCUUUGGGGAGGACCCGGCUCUCGUCAGCGCGCUCGGCGCCGCGACCAUCGUCGGGAUCCAGUCCGGCGACCGCCCUCCGCCCGAGCAGUCCGCUGCCCGCUGGAGCUUCGAGUCGAACGACACCGUCCCGACCGGCGCCGCCGCGUGCGCAAAGCACUUCAUCGGGUACUCGUCGCCUCGGUCGGGGCACGACAAGACGCCCGUCUUUCUGCCGCAGCGAGAGCUGCUCCAGUACUACGUGCCGCCGUGGCGCGCCGCCGUGCAGGCGGGCGUGCUGACUGCGAUGGAGGGGUACCACGAGCUGAACGACGAGCCGGUCGUCUCGUCGGAGGCCCUGCUCGGCGACCUGCUGCGCGGCCAGAUCGGGUUCGAGGGGCUGCUCGUCACUGACUGGGGCGAGACUUGCUACCUCGAGGUGGACCGCGCCGACCGGUGGGGUCUCAUUCAUGGUCAACGACUAGGCGAGAUCAGCUCGCUCGAGACGGAGCACCACACGGCGCGGAGCGGCGAGGAGGCGGUGCAGUCGGCCAUCAACUCGACCUCGAUCGACGUCUCGAUGGUGCCGCUCGACGAGUCCUUCUCUCGCUCGCUCGUGCGGCUGGUGAGGGCGGGCCGCGUGCCGGAGUCGCGCAUCGACGAGUCUGCGGCGCGCGUGGUGCAGCUCAAGAAGACGCUGGGCCUCCUCUCACAGCCCGUGCCCCCCCUCUCGCACCCGUACCUGCACACGGUCGGCGCGGCCGAGGACCGCGCCGCCGCCCUCGACAUCGCGCGCGAGUCGGUGGUCCUCCUCAAGAACGAGCCGCCCCCCGCCGAGGACGAGGGCGGGUGGGAGGAGGGCGGGUGGGAGGCGCGCGCGCGCAGCCGGCGGCGGCUCGACGCUUCGGGUCCGCUGCUCCCUUUCUCGCGCUCGAACCCGCGGUACGGCGAGCGGCGAGCGCUUCGGCUGCUGGUGACGGGCCCGCUCUCCAACUCGCUCAAGGACCAGAGCGGCGGCUGGACGCUGCACUGGCAGGGGGCCGCGAGCGACGAGCCGCUGCGCGCGCAGGAGGGGGGGGAGAGUGCGGGGGAGACGGUCGCAGAGGCUUUGGAGAGGCUCGCGCCGAACGGCACCGUCGUCAACCUGCUCGCGCCGAACGGCACCGUCGUCAACCGCACCAGAGGAUGCGUCGUCCGCUCGCCAGACGGACGGAUCGGCUCCUCCUCCUGCGAGCCUGCCUCCGCCGAAGACACCGCCGCGACCAGCAGCCUCGCCGCCGACGCGGACCUCGUCGUCCUCUGCCUUGGCGAGGAGGCGUACGCCGAGAAGUUCGGCGAGCCCUCUCCCUCUCCCCGCCGCGCCUCCCGCGAGCUCGCCCGCCGCAUCGCGGCGACCGGCGCACCCAUCGCUCUCGUUCUGCUGCAGGGAAGGCCGCGCACGCUGCACGGCCUCGCCGACCGCACGCCCGCCGUGCUCGCCUCGUUCGUGCCCGGCCCUCAGGGCGGCACCGCGCUCGCCGAAGUCGUGUACGGCCUCACCAACCCGUCUGGCCGGCUGCCGCUCACCUACCCGCGCCACCAGGCGGUCCUGCUGCCUCACUUCCGGCGGGUGACGCAGCGCUGCAUCUCCGGCCGCCCGCCGGGCAGGGGCCAGGCGGGCGGCGCCUACCUCGCGCCCGCGUCAGUCGAGUGCAGGCCCGAGUUUGCCUUUGGCGCGGGCGGGUCGUACACGAGUUUCGUCUACACGCAGGUGCGGCUAGAGCCGAAGGAGUCGCGGCACGUCACCUUCACCCUCUCCACGGACGACCUGACCUACGUCGACGUCCGGCUGCGACGCACCCUCGACUCGGACGUGUACACCCUGCGCGUCGGCACGCCCGGCGAGUGCGCAGCCUACCUCGCCGCCGCCGCAGCCGCUGGGCUGCGAGGCGAGUCAAACGACCCGCAGCAAGAGUGCCACGCCACGGUGACGGUCGCGGGUGGAGGCACGAUCAAGACGCUGCCGCGCGUCGAGGAGGCGCCCACGCCCGCCCCCGCCGCGGAGCCGUUCCGCCUGCUGCACCGCUACCUCGAGCGAAUCAUCUCCCAGCCGCGCUUCGCCCUGCUGCGCGCCACCGCGCCGCUCGGAGCCGCCUUCCUGCUCGGCGUCGCCGCCGCGUACGCCGUCAUGCGGCUGCGCCGCCUCUGCCGCAGGAAGCGAGGCCUCUCGCUCGCCGACGGCGAGGCGAAGAUGCGGCUGCUCGCUGCGGGCGGAGGCGGGAACGGGUGCGGCGGCUGCGCCAUGGGCGGCGGGGCGAGGCACGCGUCGCAGCCGGGGUGGGCGUUCCAGUACUCUGGCCACGGCCAGUACGACCCGCUCGACGACGUCGCGAGGGGGACCGGCCCGUCCCGCAGCAGUUCGGCCGCCUCGCUGCGGCUCGACCAGCUGCACCGCUCCAACCAGGACCUGCACGCCGCCUUCCGCCUCAUCGAGCACCGGAUGGCGUCGAUGGAGGCCUCGUUCGUCUCCGGGGGCGGCGGGGGAGGCCGCGCCGUCUCGAUGAGCAACAUGGCCGGCGUCUUGGCCGGCGAGCGCGAGGGCGAGCGCGAGGGGUCGCCCCACGUCGACGACGCCGGCCGGCCGCAAGCGCGUUCGAUGGGCGACUUGCACCCGGGCGGCAGCCCCGGGCCGCAGGCGCGCCUCGCCGCCUCUGGCAACAGCCUGUACACGAUCCUGGCCGCCGAGGGCGAGGAGUCGGACAGCGCUUCCGCCUCGACGUCCGCCCAACCCUCGGCGCCAGUCUCGGGCGCCGCUUCGGAGGUGACCCUCUCGACGCUCCCCCAGCGCAGCUGGUGGGGCCGGCCGGCGGGGCCGGCGGGGUCGCCGCCGCUCGUAUAG